GGGAUCUGUUUUUUUUUGGGAUCUGGUUUUUGGUAUCAGUGUUUUGGGGGUCUGUUUUUGGGAUCUGUUUUGGGGAUCUGGGUGUUUUUUUGGGUUUUGUUUUUUUUUUAAUCUGUUUUUUGGGAUCUGUUUUUGGGGUGUGCGGAUUUUUGGGGUUCUGUCCCUCCAGGCCGGGCUGCGGUGCCGCCCGUUCCCCGGAUUCCGCUCCCUGCAGAAAUUCCAGGAUUUCUCCCGGGAGCGGCCGGGCCGGACUCGGGCUCUGAGCCGAGCCUGGCUAAGCCCCGCCUGAGCCGGGCUCAGCUCCGCCCUGCAGCUUCCAGCCCCUUUAAAACCGGUUUUAAACCCCACCUGGGGGGGGGGCUGAGAGCCUUUAAAACCAGUUUCAAACCCCAUUUCGGGGGGGCAGAGUAAAACCAGUUUUAAAUCCCAUUUGGGAUUAGAAAGGGCUGAGUAAAACCAGUUUUAAUCUGGAUUUUGGGGGCACUGAGUGCAUUUAAAACCAGUUUUAGGCCGGAUUUAGGGGGACAAAGUAAAACCAGUUUCAAGCCCCAUUUGGGGUGCAAAGUAAAACCAGUUUUAAUCUCAAUUUUGGGGGCACUGAGUGCCUUUAAAACCAGGUUUAAGCUGGAUUUAGGGGGCAGAGUAAAACCAGUUUCAAGCCCCAUUUGGAGUGCAGAGUAAAACCAGUUUUAAUCUGGAUUUUGGGGGCUCUGAGCACAUUUAAAACCAGUUUUAGGCUGGGUUUAGGGCAGAGCAGCCCCUCGCCUCUGGGAUUUCUGGGAAGCUGCCACGGACUCAGCUCCAUCUCCUGAGGAUCCAGAAUUCCAAACAAAUUCCAAACAAACUCCAAACAAACUCCAAAUAAAUUCAUCUCCGGCUUUUCCAUCCCGAGGAGCUGCUUGGAACCUUCUGGAAUUUGGAUUUUUUUGGACACAAAUCCGCUUGGAUCCUCACCUGCUUAAUUCUGGAUUUAUUUUUAGAGACAAAUCUGUUUAUUUUUGCUCCUGAAGGAUUUUACACCUUGAUCCUCACCUGGCUCAUUUGGAAUUUUUUUGGACACAAAUCUGGUUUUUUAUUUCUGACUGCUUGGAUCCUUCUCACCUGCUGAAUUCUGGAUUUAUUUUAGAGACAAAUCUGGUUUUGUUGAUCCUGAAGGAUUUUGCACCUGGCUCCUUGACCCCGACCUGGUAAAUUUGGAUUUUUUGGACACAAAUCCGGAUUUUCCUUGGUCCUGGAUCAUUUUCCUGCUGCCUCCUUGACCCCAACCUGGUCAAUUUGGGUUUUUUGGACACAAAUCCGGAUUUUCCUUGGUCCUGGAUCGUUUUCCUGCUGCCUCCUUGACCCCGACCUGGUUAAUUCAGAUUUUUUUUGACACAAAUCCAAUUUUUUUGGUCCUGGAUCAUUUUCCUGCUGCCUCCUUGACCCCGACCUGGUAAAUUUGGGUUUUUUGGACACAAAUCCGGAUUUUCCUUGGUCCUGGAUCGUUUUCCUGCUGGCUCCUUGACCCCGCCCUGGUUAAUUCAGAUUUUUUUUGACACAAAUCCAAUUUUUUUGGUCCUGGAUCAUUUCCCUGCUGUCUCCUUGACCCCGACCUGGUAAAUUUGGGUUUUUUGGACACAAAUCUGGAUUUUCCUUGGUCCUGGAUCAUUUUCCUGCUGUCUCCUUGACCCCAACCCAGUAAAUUUGGAUUUUUUGGACACAAAUCCACUUUUUCCUUUCUCCUGGAUAAUUUUCCUCCUGGCUCCUUGACCCCGACCUGGUAAAUUUGGAUUUUUUGGACACAAAUCCAGAUUUUCCUUGGUCCUGGAUCAUUUUCCUGCUGUCUCCUUGACCCUGACCUGGUUAAUUUGGAUUUUUUUUUUACACAAAUCCACUUUUUCCUUGGUCCUGGAUCAUUUCCCUGCUGCCUCCUUGACCCCAACCCGGUAAAUUUGGGUUUUUUGGACACAAAUCCGGAUUUUCCUUGGUCCUGGAUCAUUUCCCUGCUGGCUCCUUGACCCCGGCCUGGUCCAUUUGGGUUUUCUGGACCCCAGUGGCCUUUCCCUGGCUGCCGCCAUGCCGGGCCGGUGGCUGCUGCUGGCGCUGCUGUGCCACCAGCUGUGUCCCCGCGCGGUGGCCGCGGCCAGGAAGGACAGGAGGGGCAGGAAGGAGCAGCCAGAGCCCCCCAGCGCCUCGCUGGCCAACGGCGACGAGCAGCCCCAGCCCCCGGAGGCCGCGGACGCGCGGCUCACGGACCCGCGCAGGACCUGGAUCUCCUUCGUGCACCGCCCGGACGACGGGAAGAGCUCCAAGAGGAGAUGCAAAGGGAAGGACAAAAAAUUGCGAGGCCUGGUGGGGCCUCCGGGGCCUCCUGGGCCUCAGGGGCCUCCAGGAGCUCCUGGGGCUGAAGUCACCAGGGAAGUUCUUCUGCAGGAGUUCAAGGAGAUCUUGAAAGAAGCCCUGGAGCACAGGGCCUCCCUGGCCAUCUCGGCCCACCCCAGCCAGCUGCCCCCGCUGCUGCUGUCCCUGGAGGAGCUCCCGUCCCGGCGGCGCGUGGAGGAGGCGUUCCACUGCAAGCUCAAGGGCCAGGUGCUGGUGGACAAGAAGACCUUGGUGGAACUCCAGAAUUUCCAGUCGCCCCUGGCCAAGGGCGCGUUCCUGCGGGGCUCGGGGCUCAACCUGGCCACCGGCCGCUUCACCGCCCCCGUGGGCGGCAUCUACCAGUUCUCAGCCAACGUGCACAUCGACCACAGCGAGCUGAAGAGCAAAGUGCAGCUGCGGGCGCGGGACAGCGUGCGGGUGCUGAUCUGCAUCGAGUCCCUGUGCCACCGGCACGCGUCCUUGGAAGUCAUUGCUGGCCUGGAGAGCAACAGCAAAAUCUUCACUGUUUAUGUGCAUGGCUUGCUGCAGCUGCAGGCUGGCCAGUACACCUCCAUCUUCGUGGACAACGGCGCCGGGGCUGCCGUCACCGUCCAGCACGGAUCCGACUUCAUGGGAAUGCUGCUGGGAGCCUAGCGCCAGCAGGGCCGGCCCCAAUCCCAACAAUCCCAAAUUCCUGACGUUGGGAGUGAAAAAAAACCCCAAAUCCCAAAUUCCUGACGUUGGGAGUGAAAAACAACCCCAGAAAUCCCGAAUUCCUGCCUUUGGGACUGAAAAAAACUCCAAAAUCCCUGCCUUUGGGACUGAAAAAAAAACCCAAAAAAUCCUGAAUUCCUGCCUUUGAGAUUGAAAAACCCCAAAUCCCAAAUUCCUGCCUUUGGGAUUGAAAAAACCCAAAAAUCCCAAAUUCCUGCCUUUGGGACUGAAAAAAACCCAAAAAUCCCCAAAUCCCAAAUUCCUGCCUUUUGGACUGAAAAAACCCAAAAAUCCCAAAAAACCCCAAAAUCCCGAAUUCCUGCCUUUGGGACUGAAAACCCCAAAAUCCCAAAUCCCGAAUCCCUGCCUUUGGGACUGAAAACCCCAAAAUCCCAAAUCCCGAAUCCCUGCCUUUGGACUGACCCCCCUCCCUCUGGCCUUGGAGUUCCUGCAGAAUUCUGAAUCCCCCCCAGCUCCUCCACUUUGCUCCCAGAAGUCGCUGCUGAUUUUUGAGCUCCUCACCAGUUCAUUCUUCACCAGAAUUCUGCUUUUUUCCCUCUUUUUCCCCCAAAAAACCCCUGGAAUAUUUAAUUUUUGCUUCACGGAGCAGCACGCUGACCUUUGGGGCUCGUUCGUUGUAAUUUGAUUUUUCACCCUCGCACUUGGAACCAGCACGGGGUUGGGGUUUUUUUGGGGUUGGUUUGGGGUUUUUUGGGGCUGGAAAUGAAGGAUUGAGAUGGGAAAUAUCAGAAAUAAAUCAUGACUCCUUUCUGUGUGCUGGGGGGGAGGGGACGGGGAUUUUCCAGCAAAAUUGGUUUUUCCAGGGGGUUGGAAAUGGUUGGGAUCCUCCCCAGGCUCAGAACUGGGUGUGUUUGACCAGGAAAAUGUUGGAUUUUUCCACAAUCCAAGGAAGCCAAGCUUGAACUCUUUAGUUGGGGUCCUUUGUAGCAAAAUAAAAUUAUAUAUAUAUUAUAAUUAUAUAUAUAUCUAUGUUAUAUAUUAUAUAUUUUAUAAAUAUAAUUAUAUAUAUGAUAUAUUUAAAAUAUAUCAUAUAUAUAAUUAUAAGUAUAUAUA